CGUGACAGCCUUUGCUUAGCUAAUUUAGAUUCCCUAUGCCAUGCCAAGCCAGGCCAGUCCCCACCCCCCAUGUGCUCUACAUUGCCACUCCUUUCUUCUCAAUUACUACUUUCGUUGCUCUUUUUCCUAUCUUUCUCACCUCUUCCUAUCUUUCUCACCAUUUUCAUUUCUUCUCCUUCUUCCUUUGAUGCUGCUUUUUUGCCUUUUGGGUUUUUUCAGUUUCUCUGUUCAAGUUCAGUCCUCCCUAUGUUUGCUUUAUCCAUCUAAUGCCUUUGAGAAAAAGUUGCAACUCUUUCCUGCAUCAUUUCCCGGAAAAUAAAAGCUAAAGCUUUGCAUUUUUAAUCUCUCUCACAUGAACUACAAGCCCAGACUUGGUUUUUGCUUCAAGCUUCUUGCUUUAAUUCUUGGGUUCUCUUCGGUUUUCAUAUCUGUUAAAUCCCAGAAAGCUGCAAGCGAUGAUGCUGCCGCCAUGUUAGCCCUCAAGAAGGCUCUCAGUCCACCUGAAUCUCUCGGAUGGACCGACCCUGAUCCAUGCAAAUGGAACCUUGUUGUCUGCUCAAAUGACAAGCGCGUCACUCGGAUCCAAAUCGGUCACCAGAACCUUCAAGGUACACUUCCUUCAGAUCUUCAGCACCUUACUGAGCUUGAGCGUUUAGAGCUUCAAUGGAACAACAUUUCGGGUCCCGUCCCUAGCUUAAGCGGGUUAAGCUCACUCCUCGUGGUUAUGCUUAGUAACAAUCUCUUCACUUCAUUCCCCACUGAUUUCUUAUCUGGUUUAUCUUCUCUUCAGUCCGUUGAGAUUGAUAACAACCCUUUUUCCGCCUGGGAAAUCCCUCAAAGCUUGCAAAAUGCUUCAGCUUUGCUGAAUUUCUCGGCCAACUCGGCUAACAUUACUGGGAAAAUACCAGACAUCUUUGGAUCUGAUGCGUUUCCAAGUCUAAACAUCUUGCAUUUGGCCUUCAAUAGUCUUGAAGGAGAGCUGCCCUUGAGCUUUGCUGGGUCAUCAAUCCAGUCUUUGUGGGUUAAUGGUCAGAAAAGUGACAGUCAACUCACUGGUUCCAUUGCUGUAAUCCAAAACAUGACACUCUUAAAGGAGGUUUGGUUACAGUCGAACUCAUUUGGUCCUAUACCAGAUUUGUCUGGGUUGAAAGCAUUGCAGACUCUGAGUUUGAGGGACAACUCGUUUACUGGCCCAGUUCCUGUUUCUCUUAUGAAGCUUGAGUCCUUAAAAACUUUUAAUUUGACAAACAAUUUACUUCAAGGACCGGUGCCCGUGUUUAAGGACUCGAUUUCCGUGGAUAUGGUUAAGGAUUCCAAGAUUUGUAUGCCAAGUCCUGGUGACUGUGAUCCAAGGGUGACUUGGUUGCUUAAUGUUGUGAAAUCCAUGGAUUAUCCGCAAAGGCUUGCUGAUAACUGGAAAGGGAAUGAUCCUUGCUUGGAUUGGCUUGGGAUUACAUGCAUUAAUGGCAACAUUACUGUUAUUAAUUUUGAGAAGAUGGGCCUUACUGGUACCAUAUCUCCUGAUUUUGCAUCACUUAAGUCUUUGCAGAGGCUGAUUCUUGCUGACAAUAAUCUCACUGGUCCCAUUCCUGAGGAGCUCACUACACUGGUUGCACUUAAAGAACUGGAUGUUUCCAACAAUCAACUCUAUGGGAAAGUCCCCACUUUCAGGAGCAAUAUCAUUUUUCACGCAGAUGGUAAUCCCGACAUCGGCAAGGAGAAAAAUAGUGCUACUUCUCCAGCUUCUGGAUCUGGCAAUCCCAGUGCUGGCUCAGGGUCUAAAAGUGGUGAAAAUUCUGGACAUGGUGGCAAGAAAUCUUUGGCUUUCAUUGGAAUGAUCAUAAUUUCUAUAUUUGGGGGUCUGGUAGUUAUUGGCUUGCUUGGCUUGUUGGUUAUCUGUCUUUAUAAGAAGAAACAGAAACGGUUCAGCAGAGUGCAGAGCCCAAAUGCAAUGGUGAUUCACCCUCGCCAUUCUGGUUCGGAUAAUGAAAGUGUUAAGAUCACGGUUGCUGGCUCGAGUGUAAGCGUUGGUGCUGUCAGUGAAACUCAUACAAUUCCGAACAGCGAGCAUGGCGGUGAUGUACAAAUGGUUGAGGCAGGUAACAUGGUGAUUUCUAUCCAAGUCCUAAGGAAUGUGACCAACAAUUUCAGUGAAGAAAAUAUAUUGGGGCAAGGGGGUUUUGGGGUAGUUUAUAAAGGUGAGUUGCAUGAUGGUACAAAGAUUGCUGUGAAGAUGGAAUCUGGGGUUAUUAGUGGCAAGGGUUCAACUGAAUUUAUGUCUGAGAUUGCUGUAUUGACAAAGGUCCGACACCGGCAUCUUGUUGCCCUUCUUGGAUAUUGCCUUGAUGGAAAUGAAAAGCUUCUUGUGUAUGAAUACAUGCCCCAAGGUACUCUUAGUGGACAUAUCUUUAACUGGGCAGAAGAAGGAUUAAAACCACUUGAAUGGACAAAGAGGUUGACCAUUGCCUUAGAUGUUGAGGGUGUCGAAUAUCUUCACAGUUUAGCCCAUCAAAGUUUUAUACAUCGAGAUUUGAAGCCUUCAAACAUUCUACUAGGAGAUGAUAUGAGGGCUAAGGUCGCAGACUUCGGUCUUGUGCGUCUUGCCCCCGAGGGGAAGGGCUCCAUUGAAACAAGAAUUGCUGGAACCUUCGGAUACUUGGCACCAGAAUAUGCAGUUACCGGACGAGUUACCACUAAAGUUGAUGUGUUUAGCUUUGGGGUGAUACUGAUGGAGCUGAUCACUGGUAGAAGAGCACUUGAUGAGAGCCAACCCGAGGAAAGCGUGCACCUAGUUACAUGGUUCAAGAGAAUGCACAUCAACAAGGACUCGUUCCGCAAAGCCAUCGACCCCACAAUCGACCUCAAUGAGGAGACACUCGCCAGUAUCAGCACCGUUGCUGAAUUGACUGGUCAUUGCUGUGCAAGGGAACCAUAUCAAAGGCCCGAUAUGGGUCAUGCUGUAAACGUGCUAUCUUCUCUAGUGGAGCUUUGGAAACCAACCGAUCAAUGUUCCGAAGACAUAUACGGCAUCGACCUUGAAAUGUCAUUGCCACAAGCACUAAAGAAAUGGCAAGCUUAUGAAGGCAGAAGCAAUUUGGAGUCUUCAUCUUCUUCACUUCUUCCCAGCUUAGACAACACUCAAACCAGCAUUCCUACACGGCCUUACGGAUUUGCCGAGUCAUUUACAUCAGCAGAUGGAAGAUAAGCAGCAGUUGUAUAUUAUCGAAUCAGUCAAUCUUAUGUUCAUUCUGAUUGCUUCUUGCUUCUUAGCAGAACUUGUGUAGCCUAAUUAUUUCCUCCAACGAUGUUGUUUUGCUUGGAAUAUGAUUCGGAUGCUCUCCGGUUUCGAUGCUCUCGAAGCCAAACAAUUAAUGUUUCGUUUAAUUCAUGCAAAUGUGUUCAUGCUUCA